AUGACGAACGGUAAAUCGCAAGUUGUCAUUGUUGGCGGAGGUCUCGCCGGCCUCGUUGCAGCAACAGAGCUUUCACGGCGCGGAGUCCAUACAAUCAUCGUCGACCAGGAAAAUGAAGCAAAUCUGGGAGGACAAGCGUUCUGGUCACUGGGUGGCUUGUUCUGCGUCAAUUCCGCUUCCCAGCGUCGCCUUGGCAUCAAGGACAGUCGAGAGCUCGCCAUGCAAGACUGGUUCAAUUCCGCUCAAUUUGACCGUGACACCGACUUUUGGCCCAAGCAAUGGGCCGAAGCAUUUGUUAACUUUGCCACCGAUGAGCUAGAAGCUUAUGUGAAGAGUUUUGGCAUGUCGUUUUCAAGUGUUGGUUGGGCAGAACGGGGUAGUGGGAACGCUAGUGGCCAUGGGAAUUCUGUCCCUAGGUUUCAUGUUACCUGGGGUGCUGGGCCAGCAGUUGUCGAAGCUUUCGAGAAGCCAGUACGAGAGGCGGCCAAGAGAGGACUGGUAGAAUUCAAGUUUCGGCACAAGGUUGACCAGCUUGUAGUUGAUGAGCAAACCGGGGCCGUCGUUGGUGUUCGGGGACAGAUAUUGGAGACGUCGGAUGCUUUGCGAGGGGUUGAAAGUAGUCGAAAGGCCAUUGAGAGCUUUGAAAUUGAAGCGACGAAAGUUUUGAUUACAUCCGGCGGAAUUGGUGGUAACGUUGAACUGGUGAAGAAGAACUGGCCGGUCGACCGUCUGGGCCCUAAAGUACCGCGCUCGUUCGUCGUCGGCGUGCCUGCAUAUGUCGACGGUCGAAUGAUCGAAAUCGCAGAACAAGCAGGAGCCAAUAUUGUCAACAGCGACCGGAUGUGGCAUUACACGGAAGGAUUGCAAAAUUGGAACUCUAUCUGGCCACAACAUGGCAUCCGAAUCAUACCAGGUCCAUCGUCAUUGUGGUUGGAUGCGACUGGCAAACGGCUACCGCCGUUUCUGUAUCCUGGAUGCGACACUCUGGCCACGCUCAAGCAUAUCUGUGCUACCGGGUAUGACUAUACUUGGUUCAUUCUCAACAGAAGCAUCGUCGCUAAGGAGUUUGCUUUGUCCGGCUCGGAACAGAAUCCAGAUUUGACCAGCAAGAGUAUCUGGAAGGCGCUACAGCAGCGAUUUUUCAGUUCUUCCCCUACAGAACCUGUCCAAGCCUUCUUAGAUCAUGGAGCAGAUUUCGUGGUAGACGAAUCUUUGACCGCUCUGGUCCAUAGGAUGAACAAACUUGCCGAAGAACAGGGCGGACCGUCAGUAGACGUGGAGCAGAUCAAACGAGAAAUCGAGAUCAGGGACGACCAAGUCAAAAACAAGUACUCGAAAGAUGCACAAAUCAUGUUGAUACGUAACGCACAGAACUACUGGCCCGAACGAUUCUCGCGGGUUUCCAAGCUUCACGAGAUCCUGGAUCCUCGCCACGGACCUCUCAUUGCCGUCAGACUGAACCUUCUGACCCGGAAGACGCUCGGCGGACUCGAAACAAACCUGGACGCGAAUGUUCUUCGUCCCGGCGGCGAGGUAUUUCCCAAUCUAUAUGCCGCUGGAGAGGUUGCUGGGUUUGGCGGAGGAGGCGUUCAUGGAUACAGCUCACUUGAAGGGACCUUCCUUGGUGGAUGUAUUUUCUCCGGGCGGACUGCUGGCAUCAAGAUUGCGGAAUCUCUGGGAGCGUAA